UCCAAUCAAUCGCCAUAGCUCAAAUAACGAGCCCUACUCCACGGCGACAUUCUUUCUAUCCACGCGGGAACUGCUUGUCGUCCCUCGUUGUCAUCAUCAUCCCCAGGCCCACCUUCCCAGUCCACUGUCCCUAAAAUCUUCCUACCUUUUUUCAUUAAUUGUUGUCCCGUCCCUCUCUCUCGAAAAGAAAAAAUAAGCAAAUUGCCUUCCGGAUCGGCUUCCAAAAUUCCCUUUGAAGCUUUUCCAGAUCCAGCAAUCCAACUGGGGUGUUGGAUUUUUUAUAUAGCAGGGUUUAAGCUCCUCCUCCUCUUUCAAAUCCAAUCUACAUUCCUCCGAUUUAGACAGAUACUUGUAUUUCAUUCUUCUGGGUUUGAUUUUUAUAUUCCCUCUGAUAUUUGAGGCAAUGAAGAGUCCGGUGAGGUUUAAGUUGGGGAAGCAGUCGUCCCUGGCGCCGGAUGGGCAUCUCGAAGAUUUGGAGGAGCUGGUCAAGCAGCACCAAACUGAGGAGGGGAUAGAUUCGAGGGUGAGGUUGAUGUAUUUGGCCAAUGAAGGUGAUUUGGAAGGGAUUAAUGAACUGUUGGAUUCGGGAGUCGAUGUCAAUUUCCAUGAUAUCGAUAACCGGACGGCUCUGCAUAUUGCUGCUUGCCAGGGAUUCGCCGACGUCGUCGCUUUGUUGCUCGAACGUGGCGCUGAAGUUGACUCCAAAGAUCGCUGGGGGAGCACGCCUCUUAGGGAUGCCGUGCAUUACAAGAACCACGAUGUGAUCAAACUUCUGGAAAAGCAUGGUGCAAAGCCUCCGGUGGCUCCCAUGCUCGUCAAGAAUGCCGGUGAAGUGCCAGAUUAUGAAAUUGAUCCUAAGGAGCUUGAUUUUACUAACAGUGUGAACAAUACCAAGGGAACAUUUCGCAAAGCAUCUUGGCGUGGAACUGAGGUUGCUGUGAAAGAGCUUGGAGAAGAUCUAUUCACUGAUGAGGAUAAAGUGAGGGCUUUCAGAGACGAGCUUGCAUUGCUUCAGAAAAUACGACACCCCAAUGUUGUUCAGUUUCUGGGUGCUGUUACUCAAAGUUGGCCGAUGAUGAUAGUUACAGAAUAUUUGCCAAAGGGAGAUCUUGCAGCAUUAUUGGGCAGAAAAGGAACACUAAAAACUAUGACCGUUUUGAGACUUGCCCUUCAUAUUGCAAGGGGGAUGAAUUAUUUGCAUGAGAACAAGCCAGCACCAAUUAUCCAUCGUGAUCUUGAGCCUUCAAAUAUUCUGAGGGAUGAUUCUGGCCACCUGAAAGUAGCGGACUUUGGAGUUAGCAAGUUAUUGACGGUUAAAGAAGAUAAACCUUUGACCUGUUCAGAGACUUCACGGAGAUAUGAAGCUCCGGAGGUUUUCAAAAAUGAAGAAUAUGACACAAAGGUGGACGUAUUUUCAUUUGCUUUGAUUUUACAAGAGAUGAUUGAAGGCUGUCCUCCAUUUCCCGACAAGCGAGAUAGUGAAGUUCCUAAAUUGUAUGCAGCAGGUGAACGUCCACCAUUUAAAGCACCACCUAAACGUUAUGCAAAUGGACUAAAAGAGCUAAUUGAAGAAUGCUGGAAUGAGAAGCCAACUAAAAGACCUACUUUUAGGCAGAUAAUAACCCAGCUGGAAUUCAUUUACAAUAGAUUCGGUCAUAAGAGGCGCUGGAAGGUCAGGCCAUUGAAAUUCUUCCAGAAUAUUGAGGCGAUGUUGAAGAAAGAUCGUUCCCGUCAAAGCAGUUUGAAUCUAUCAACACAUUCUUCUGCCAGCAGUAUAUGAUUUGUCAGAUUUUGGUCCAAUACUGUGUUUACCUUCCCAGCUUCGUGUGAUGAAACGUGUUUCACAGAACUAACUUUCUGACACUCAUAAUUCUACAAUUGUCAUUGAUUUUAGAAUUCGUGAGAGUUUGGGAUGAGAAACACCUGCACCAUUGUUGAUUAAAUACCGCCUUUGUAUCUGUUAUAAAUUCAGGAUUGUUAGACCCAAAUCUUCAAUGUUACUUUGAAAUGCAAGAUCGUGGUUGGUUGAAUGAAAUACCUUUAACCAUCCUACACCUUUGAUUUUGUCGGAUUGGAGGCCCUCUUUGGGCUUGUUUUUAACUAUCUUUCACAUUUGAUUUACAAUUCUAGUUUCUCUGGGACAUCCUUCUCUUGGGCUUGUUUUUAAGUUUGUUGAUAAAAAGAAGAUCGCACCCUUCUUCUAAAAUCUCUUAUUUUCAGGCAAUGUGUGGAUCGGCAAAUUCCAAGUUUGGACCUUAAUAUUGUGAUGGUUGAACAACAAAGGAAUUCCAUUUCGUUGACUGUUUACCCGUUUAUGUGCAGAUUCAGGAGAUACCAGCACCAAGUAUAUCAGCUACCAACUUGGAAAGCGUUCGACAAACAGCUAUAGACAGAAGUGGCAGGAAAGUACCAACUUGUAAGUUUCAGUUUCAAAUUUGAUCCUGUUGGUAAAAGGAACCAACUUGCUGACAUGAGAGGCAACUAUUUUUUGGCUGCAAAUCUUCCAACCAGAGAUACUUGGGGAUUGAAUUUGAAGUUGGAGAGUUGAUUGUUAAUAGCUCGUUUUGGCAAAUUGGAAAAGAACCCCCAAUUCUAUCAGAUUGAAAACACUGGUUGCUGUAUCUUAAGAACAUCCAUUCCUUAAAAUCUCCAUUUCCGUGGCUAUCAACAGUAUCAAAUCCACAUGGGAAAUCAGAUCUUCUGGUUAGUUUGUUCAUCACACGGCCUUGAGAAAUUCGUACUACAUGAUUUGUUUCCAUUUUGAUGCCGCUGUUUGGUCACCAUCAUGUGUGAAUGUGAAGAAUUGCCUGAACUCCGCCUGGAAAAUUAGAAUUGUAAAGAAAGCAACUUCUAGUAAUAUCAUGUUAUUGCUUUCUUUUAA